CUGAACAAUUUUGUGGUUAAUCGUGCGGUUGUUUGCUGCAAAUUUUAUUCAACAGUUUUUAUAAAUAGUUUUUGCGUGUGAAAUUUCACGAAAUAAAUAGGGAAAUAGUAAUGAUUAUUCUGUGUAUUAGGAAUUGCGCAUUGUGACAAAAAUAUUUAAAGAAAAAUUGCUUGAAUUAAAACGGUAACAAACUGGGUGAACGGCAACGAAUAGUGCACAGCGAAGAAAAUAUAACAGAAAAAAGGCCAGGUCACGACUACGAAAGACGCGAAUCAUUCUCUGCUAUUCGUCUGCACUUUAUAUGUAUUUUCGCAUAUUCGUUUAUACGUGAGCUUCAGCUUUGGUGAAACUUAAUUUCGUGCCGCAUAGUAAACAUUUUUAAGCAAAAACCUACGACGAACUUUUAUUGCUUAGUGCAACAUUGUGUGUGAAGAGUAGACAAACAUAAUUGUACAUAAAUACAUCAGCUGUGAAAAUUGGAGUAAAACUCAAUUGCUGGCAACAGUCUUUGGUGAUAGUGCGAAAAUCAAUUUUCAAUUAACCUGAGAUUCUACAACGUUGCAGUUGUUCUAAUUAGAUUUGAAUCGAUUUUUUACCGAAGCCACAACGCCUUUGCAUUUGCAUCUUAUUGUUGCUAGGACAGACAGCGUCCCAAACAAAUUGGAACAGAGCAUUGACUUUGAUUACAUCUAAGCAGAUCGCGGCUAAACAUCGUUGAGGCAAUGGCAGACUACUUCGAGGACAUGGGCCACGAACCCACCGGCGCCGAGGGUCCUAAUGAUUUUGCCAAACACUAUAAACGCCUACAAGUCUUGGCCAUCAUGAAUGGCAUCGACAUGGAGAUUGAAGUGCCGGAAGCAUCAAAGCGCGCCAUUGCCGCUCUACCGGAGCACGUUAUUACCAAGGAGGAGGUGGCUGAGGAACUGGAAUGCGCCGUUUGUAAGCAGGCUGCGGAAGUCGAUGAGAAAUACAAGAUUUUGCCAUGUAAGCAUGAAUUUCACGAGGAGUGCGUUUUGUUGUGGCUGAAAAAGGCCAAUUCUUGUCCGAUGUGCCGUUAUGAAUUAGAAACAGAUGAUCCAGUCUAUGAGGAGUUGCGCGAGUUUCGCCAAGACGAAUCCAAUCGGCGCCAGCGUCAAAAUUACAUGAUGGAUUCCAUGUUUUCUUAAAUUCCAUGCUAAUGCACCUAAAUUUAUUAAUAUAUAUGUACAUACAUAUGUAUAUGUAUUAUAAGUGGAAAAGGGGUGGUGGUGGGUGAGGAAUGCACUUUUGGUGUGCACGCACCUGAAUAUUUUU